CGACUUUUCUGAGGCGGGACUCUGUCCCAACCCCUCGGCCACCGCAACUGCAACUGCUCUUUACCAUGGCGCUUCCCAAGGGCAUGCGCUACUUGGCUGGCGCCACUUUCUGCAUCUUCGUCUAUCUGUUUGUGCAAAUCCUCAAGGCCCCUGGUUCCGAGAACCCCGUCGAGAUUCCGAGCAAGGUUCCGACCAACAAAUUCGGCGACUGGGACCAUGACCCUCAAUUGGAUCCCUCCGGCGAACCUCCCGAGCCGCUGCGACGAGUCGACGGUGACAACUACGCCCCGAACAAUCCCGCGAGCGCGCGCAUCAACGCCACGAUUCUCAGUCUAGUCCGCAAUGAAGAACUCCACGACAUGCUGCAAAGCAUGCGCGACCUUGAGCGUACGUGGAACCACAAGUUCAACUAUCCCUGGACCUUCUUCAACGAUAAGCCCUUUACCGAAGAGUUCAAAAAGGCCACGCGAGCAGCUACCAACGCCGAAGUACGAUACGAACUGGUCCCUGCCGAACACUGGGAUGUACCGUCGUGGAUAAAUAUGGACCUGUAUGAGGAGUCUGUGUCUCUGCUCAAGUCGCUGGAUGUACAGUACAUGGACAAGAAGUCUUAUCACCAGAUGUGUCGGUGGAACAGCGGCAUGUUCAGCGAGCAUCCUGCGCUCAAGGACAUUCAAUACUACUGGCGGGUGGAACCAAACGUUCACUUCUUUUGCGAUGUCGAUUACGAUGUCUUCGCUUGGAUGCAAGACCACAACAAAACGUACGGCUUCAACGUCAACAUCUACGAUAAUGCCGACAGCGUUGCGACAUUGUGGCCAGAAACGAAAAAGUUCAUCGAAGACAAUCCGGGAUACGUACAUCCAAACAAUGCACGUGAAUGGCUGGAAGACGGCCAGCGCCGGCCUGAGAAUAACAAGAAAGCCAAUGGUUACUCAACCUGCCACUUCUGGUCCAAUUUCGAGAUAGGCGACUUGAGCUUUUGGAGGAGCAAAAAGUACCGCGACUACUUCGACCAUCUCGAUCGCGCCGGAGGUUUCUUCUACGAACGUUGGGGCGAUGCCCCAGUACACAGCGUCGCAUUAGGACUCUUUGAAGAUAAGAGCAAAAUACACUGGUUCCGAGACAUCGGGUACCAACACAUACCCUUUUUCAACUGCCCUAAUAGUCCAAAGUGUUCCGGUUGCGUCACUGGUCGUUUUACAGACGGCGAGAAGUGGCUGAAUCGGGAGGACUGUCGGCCGUUGUGGUUCAAGUACGUUGGCAUGGACUGAGCUCUCUAGUCUGAGUAACGCUGCCACGUAUUGCCUACAGCUAUGUGCGGCGCACAGUAGUCUUGGAGGUGAGUGACACGAUGGUACGCGCUCACCUUACGAGGGUUUUCAGCUGUUGUGGAGUUAUUUGGCGCCUGAGUAUGUACGGUCUCCAUCUCGGAAUGACGCAUCUACGUGAGCAGAUAGUAUAUAUACUAAUAGACGUACCGAAUUUUUAUGAUGGCGGUUGUCAUCAAUUAAUGGCCCA